AUGAAGGACUUGAUUCCUGCAGAUAUAAGACAAAAAAAGGUUCUAUACAGUGAAACAGAUAAUGAAGCUGAAGAAAUGGCUAACAAAGCAAUAUCUUCUGUUGAUUAUUGUUUAAGGGCUCUGAUGAAUAACAAAGCUGAACUUAAAGAGUUUGUGGAAAAAAUAGAGAAUAUGAGAGCAGAAAUAGAAGAUAAAGGCUUAAAUCAAGAAAAAUUACCGAAGGAAGCUAGGUAUGAGUCAAUGCUUGGAGUACAUGUUAGAGAACAAAAUGAAAUUCAAAAUCCAACUGGAAUUAGAAACAAAGGUUCUGGUAUAGGCAAAAGAUUAAAGGGUCCAGGCGAGAAGGCUAUUGAAAAGAAAAAGAGGACUAUACGAAAGUGCAAUUUAUGUGGAAUUUACACAGAUACACAUGAUAGUAGAAAUUGUAGAAAGUAUCAUGAGGAAUUAGAAAGACAGGCUGCAGAAAACAAAAACAAAGAAAAAGUAAAUUAG